UGGUUGCUGAGGUAGCUCAUGUUCCUAUGGAAGGUUUUGCAUCCAAUCCCAAAUUGCUUUGGGUAACUCUACUACUAUGUGCUUUAAGUGGAAGGUCCACAGAGUAUACUUCGAAGGCUUUACUGUCCUUGAAUCCUCCAUGGAACAGAAUUUACAGGGGAGAGAAUGUGACCCUUCACUGUAAGGGAUCAGGCACUUCACAUAGCAACCAGACCCAGUGGUUCCACAAUGGUUCCAGCACCUCAAUUCAAACUCCCAGCUAUAGCAUCAUUUUUGCCAACCUCAAUAACAGUGGAUACUAUAGGUGCAAGACAAGUGAUUCUACCCUCAGUGACCCUACAUAUAUAGGAGUCUACAGUGACUGGCUGCUCCUCCAAGCUUCACUUACAAUCAUAGAAGAGGGAGAAUCCCUACUUCUGAGUUGCCAUGGUUGGAAGAACCGAAAUGUCUAUAAGGUGACUUUCUACCAUAAUAAUAAAGCCCUCAAAUACUGGUAUGAGAACUACAACUUCUCCAUUCCUUUUGUCACAAGCAACAACAAAGGUUUCUACCACUGCACUGGCAUCCUAUGGAGGAUACCCUACACUUCAGAGAGUCUCUAUCUUGAUUUCAAAGCUGAAAAAGGUCCUGUAAGAUAUAUGCAUUUUCUACUCCCAUUGAUGAUUGGAAUUCUAUUUGUUGUGGACACGGCGCUGUUGGUUUUGACACAGAAGCAACUCCAUUUCCUCAUUGAAAAGGAGAGGAUCUUGGCAUCCAAAUACCCUGCAAAGGCUGUUAUUGAUGAGGAGUCUAAGGCUAAGUCCGAUGAUGAAGCUGAUCUUGAGCCUGCACCUGAACCUGAACCUGAACCCGAACCCGAACCUGAACCCGAACCUGAACCUGAACCUGAACCUGAACCUGAACCUGAUCCUGAACCUGAACCUGAUCCUGAACCUGAUCCUGAUCCUGAUCCUGAUGUCACAGCAUGAGCCACAGAGCUUCAAGACCACAGAACAGACAUGUUGCUCCAGGAGUCAUUUUCUUCAUCUGUAAAAUGAAGAAAUGGUAGUAAAUAAUUUUUAAAGUCUAGCUCUAAUAUUGUCUGCCUAUUUCUCUUUCUGUCUGUACUCUUCCUCCUUUAUCCUUGUUCUUGACACAUACACUCACAGAAUCUUCCAAGUCUUCUUUUCUGCCCAGCUUCCUUCCUCUUUCUACUUGAUCUCAGUCAGUAGACAGUGUCCUGUUCUUUCCCCUCACUCCAGAGGCUGAUUGUGAAGAAGAGCAUGGACAUGACAGGUUGAAAUGAACUAAAAUGUUACAUAGCUGUGCUAAGCUAUAUCAUCAUGUAAAGUAAUGAUAUUUCUCUCUGAGUUCUUAAGUGUGUUGCACAUUUUGAUUUUAUAGUAGCUAGCAUGGCAGAAAGAGAAAAAGAUGGAUUUAUUCAAUAAGAAGGUUCUGAAGUAAUAAAGGUCAGUCAUUUGAAUAGCUGUUCUCCUUUGCCUAUUAAUUGUAGGAGCACAACAAAAGAAAAAGAAGCAGUACCCCCCCCAAAAAAGUAUAUGACCUUGGAGAUUCAAGCACUGCAUUGGAACUCAGGAGACCUGGGUUCUACCACUUACUAAUUGUGUGAACACAGGCAAAUACAUUUCUCCCUAUGGGCCUCAUUUUCUUUGCCUGUAAAAUAGAAGGGUAGAACUAAAAAAAAAAUUACAAGAGCCUUUCUUUAGUGUCAAUAUGUUAGCAACUUUCCUUCUGUGCCAUCACUCUCAUCCUUAACCCUGAGGGGAGAUGAGGCUUCUGUGGAACCUUAGAAUGAAACUUUCCCCUUCCACAAUCCUGCUAUUUAACCAUUGUUGGCAGUAACUCUUCUAGAUGUUGUUGUUCAGUCUUUUCGAUCAUGUCUGACUCUUUAUGAGCCAAUUUGGGGUUUU